UGCUAGACGUUUUGACCUUGGUUAAACAGUUUGCCCUCAGCUGGCCUUUCAGGUCUUUGCCGCUGAGUUUCCGUGCGCAGUUAGGAAGGCGCUGACUUUUGCGUAGUUGCAGACAGUUCUUAAGUAUGGCUGCAGCUGUAGGUAGGCGAGCCUUUUUGGAGGCUAAAUUAGCAGAUAUUAACCAAGAGCUAGCAGAGCUAGGUUUGACCGAAGCAGACCGAGCUCAGGUCCGCGAGUACAAUUGGGCGGUAGAGCAAGCCGAACAAGCGUAUCAGGCAGCCAUGGCUCCAGUGGGACUUACCAGGCCUAGCCGUGGCAGCGCGGUAGCAGUUAGCACCUGGCAGGAAGCCCAUCAGCGGGCCAAUUCAAACAGAAACGCUAAACGGAGGCAGGCUCGCGAGACGCACAGGCGCGGUUAUGAGUUGCUAUCACGUUACCAGUCUUGGGAACAGCUUCGCAAUCAGGGGACAGCUCUGCAAGAAGAAUUGGCCGCGCUCCCAGGGCCCAGCAACGCAGCGGCCGGAGCAGCGCCGGCUCACAUCCACAACGCUGAAGCAGAGGCACCGGAGGAAAUUGACAAUGCAACGCCACUGCAGCACACCGGCCCUCCCGCCAUGCCCGGUACGGGGUCGCCGGCAAUCGCAAGGGCAGCGCCGGCGAGGGACGUGGGUGUGGCACCCAGCGCCGUAUCCGUCCCACCGACAGCGGUUGUACGGGCUCUCGAUCGCCUUGAGAACGCGGGCUUGAGCGAUGCAGCUCGCAAAGUACGGCGCCUCGCGAGCCUGGAGCUGGCAAGACGGGAAAUCAGGGAGCCUGUAUCCGCUGACGAGGCAGCGGAAGUCUGGAGGACGGUGCUAGAGCGGCAGCUGGCGGCUCUGCAGGACGAAGAAGACAGCGAACAGCACCAGCCUCAGCGCCAGCAACGGCAGCAGCAGCAAUUGCCGCAAGACCG